AUGAACGAGUGGAAGGAGCGCGUUCUCGACGCAACUGAUGAAACUGCUGCAUUUGUCGCCUGUUCGCGGCCAGGACGGGAAACUAAAGUUGUUGACUGGUUGGAAGGCUCCUUCAACUUCUGCCUCAAAAUCACGUUCAACGAUAGCGGCCCGGAUGCUAUUGUCGCGAAUGAGGUCCAAAUCAUCAAAUUGCUCCGCGAGCAGACCACGAUUCCUGUCCCACGCUUGAUAAGCUGGGGCUUCACUGAGAAAGACCCGCAGCAAUUUGGACCGUUCAUUAUCUCAGAUUUCGUUGAGGGAGUUCACCUGUCGUUUACACAAAAGAUGGCUUCGCCUAUAAGCUUAACCAAGGACGAAUUCCGCCUUCUUACCUGGUCACGCCCUGAAUUGACGCGAAUGACGAUUCAGCCUCAAUCUCUCCAAAGACUUUGCCCACUCGACAAUGGCCUAUUCCAGCCACGCGCUGAUUACAAAGCGAAUAACGCUACCUCUUUUUCCAACAUAGGGGAUUUAGAUGCCCUUCCACUUGAGAUCAUCCAUUCGAUUUUCAGCAUACUUGACUUGACUUGCGAAGUCUGA